CGAAGGAUGCAGUCAAAGGACGAGCACGUGUGUUGCGCUGCAAGUGAUCGCGCGCGGGCGAGGGGUGCGCAGUCGUGUGCAGUGGACCACUCGACGUCGCACAAGGUCAAGGAGAAUGAUUAACAACGAAAAUACAGCAAAACAAACGGCGGCGGCGCGGGGCUCGAGCGGGGACGCGGUCGGCACCGGCACGGCACGACAGUCAGAACAGCGACGCCGCCCGCACCGGCCGCGCGUCCUGCCGCCGCGACCGACGCACUAUAAAAUCGAUGCACGAUCCGCAACCGGCAUUCAACGCCAACCUAAUUCAUACCCCGUAAAUUUGAUGCUCGCGAGAGGCCGUUUCGACGUGCAAAUUAAAUUAGCUUGAACGUUGUCGAAGUGCAGUGAAGUGAUAGUGAUGCGAUUAUGUUAGUGGGUGGUCAUGUCAAGUGUUGCGAAGAAAGACAAGCCGACGAUGUCGGUGACGGCACUGAUGAACAACUGGGUGCGGCCGGCGCCGCCGCAGCAGCAGCCGCAACAGGCGGCGCCCGCGCCCGUCUCCAUGCUGCAGCCGCUGCAGAUGCCGUCGCCGUCGAUGCAGAACACUCACCACAUCCCGACGGUGGACUGCUCGCUCGACAUGCAAUGGCUUAACCUCGAGAGUGGGUUCAUGUCGCCCAUGUCUCCCCCGGAGAUGAAGCCUGACACGGCCAUGCUGGACGGGCUUCGGGACGACGCGACCUCGCCCCCCACCUUCAAGAACUACCCCCCCAACCACCCGCUCAGCGGCUCCAAGCACCUGUGCUCGAUAUGCGGCGAUAGGGCGUCGGGGAAACACUAUGGAGUAUACAGUUGCGAAGGAUGCAAAGGCUUCUUUAAGCGGACCGUACGCAAAGACCUCUCGUACGCGUGCCGCGAGGAGCGCAACUGUAUCAUCGACAAGCGGCAGCGGAAUCGAUGCCAGUACUGCCGCUACCAGAAGUGUCUGGCGUGCGGCAUGAAGCGCGAGGCCGUGCAGGAGGAGCGGCAGCGCGCCGCGCGCGGCGCCGAGGACGCGCACCCGAGCAGCUCGGUGCAGGUAAGCGAUGAGCUGUCUAUCGAGCGGCUGCUGGAAAUGGAGUCGCUGGUGGCGGACCCCAGCGAGGAGUACCAGUUCCUGCGCGUCGGCUCUGACACCAACGUGCCGCCGCGGUACCGUGUGCCAGUCUCCAGCCUCUGUCAGAUAGGCAACAAGCAGAUAGCGGCGCUGGUGGUGUGGGCGCGCGACAUCCCGCACUUCGGGCAGCUGGUGCUGGAGGACCAGGUGGCGCUGAUCAAGGCCUCCUGGAACGAGCUGCUGCUCUUCUCCAUCGCCUGGCGGUCCAUGGAGUACCUGGAGGACGAGCGGGAGAACGGGGACGGCACGCGGAGCACCACGCAGCCGCAGCUCAUGUGCCUCAUGCCGGGCAUGACGCUGCACCGCAACUCGGCGCAGCAGGCGGGCGUGGGCCCGAUCUUCGACCGCGUGCUGUCGGAGCUGAGCCUCAAGAUGCGCUCGCUGCGCAUGGACCAGGCCGAGUACGUCGCGCUCAAGGCCAUCGUGCUGCUCAACCCCGAUGUGAAAGGGUUGAAAAGUCGACAAGAUGUUGAUAAUUUACGAGAAAAAAUGUUCUCGUGCCUGGACGAGUACUGCCGGCGCGCGCGCGGCGGCGAGGAGGGCCGGUUCGCGGCGCUGCUGCUGCGGCUGCCGGCGCUGCGCUCCAUCUCGCUCAAGAGCUUCGAGCACCUCUACUUCUUCCACCUCGUGGCCGACGCCAGCAUCGCCGGCUACAUCCGCGAGGCGCUGCGCCACCACGCGCCGCCCAUCGACGCCAACUCCAUCAUGUAAGCGGCGCCGCCCGAUGUCCCGCCCCCGCCAGACCACACACUCCGGCCGAGCUGACCCCGUAGUCGUACUCUACAACACCCGUCCGCCGUUCGCGUCAUGUUCUAUAACUCGCCGACGUCGACAUCGCGACCGUUUCUAAAGCGUUUAAAUUAUUUAAACGACUUUUUUUUGCCUCUUUCUAAUUUUACUUGAAGGGUAUUUGAGAUCGAUAACAAUAACUCUGCUGGCGUUUUACACUAAAAUAUAUUUACACGUGAAUUUCUAUCGCUGGCUGGUCCAGGCAUCGUUUUAAGUUACAUUAUGUACCUUAGCGACAAUUAUGUUAUGCCAAUUAUAUUCGAAAACGCAGCGGUAGUAGAGUUAUCUAUUAAAUACGACCGAACAACUCGCCUAGUACGUCGAAUAAGAUAACUAAUCUUUAUAACCACGAUUACACAGAAAAUAUUUACGAACUUUGCAGUGGAAAUAACAAAAGAAAAGGCGACAUGCACACUACCUGCGCCCUUUGAUAUAUUGCUUAGUUGUUCACUAGUGUAAUCGAAGCUAUAAUCGUUACGAUAUACGACCGAUGUAAUUGUUUUGAUUGACGAGCAAAUAUUGGCACAUAAGUAUCUCAUUUUUAUUUAAUAACUCGUGCCGCCCUACGUGACUGCGUGUCGGAUGUCGUAAUGAUAUAAGCGAGGCUGAUUAAUAUUAGACUAGGAGUCAUUGCUUCAAUAAUUCCUUUGAGUAUAAGUGAUCCAAAAACUAUGUAAGGCGGUUUGUUGAGACCAUUCCGCCACAGAGAGCCCCAACCGUGACUGAGGAGCGAGGACUACUGUGUUCUACAACGAACGACACGAUGGUGCACUACACGUCUGUGUACACCGAGUUUAACUGCUACGCCUGAUUAUCUGACACGUGGAGACUUGAAAGUAGGUGACUUAUAUUGCUGUCCACAUCACAAUUUGCAAGGUUACCUAAUACGUUUAACUGAGUAAAUACAGUAAUGUAAGUCAUCUUACUUCGUUCCAUGCUGUGUCGGACCAAGCAGCGGGAAAGUGUACAAAAGUACAUAAUUAUAUGGGACAUUCGUCAGAUAAGUGUAACAGUUGUUAGGUAAAGAAAAUGGGGCCGCCUCUUUAUUAUUACGUAGUCGUAUAUUAUUAACGUAUUUAGUUAAGGUGUUCAGCUAAUUAGGAUAAUUAUAUUCGUCGAGUAUCUAGAUGUCCAUAGUGAAUUAAUAUAAUAUUUUAGACUGUUACGCGUAGGUAAUUAUGACGUUUACCAAAUCUCUCUUCAAUGCAAGAACGUUGAGCACUCCAGUACUAAAUAUACCGUAGCGUAUUCCAAUUCUGAAGAUUUGAAUCGCCUUGUUACUAUGUUAUAGAUGACCUUACAUGUAUAUCAUUAUUUUACAUAUGACGCGUAUGUAUAAAUGCUAAAAGUAUUUUCGUACAUAUGUUGGUGCUUUAAUAUGCAUUUGAAUAUGCAGAUAAAAAUUAGUAAUCUUGAAUUAUUUUAGAAAAUAUUUUAUUUCCUUAUUCAAAUUUAUGUCUAAUUGUAAAUAUGAAAUUGUAUGUCUUGUAAUUGUAACUAGUACUCACUCGAGUAAUUCGUAUUGAUAAUAUAGGUAUUUCACCUUUUACGGUUGGGAUAUUGUUUAACGUGGCCUAUGAGAGUGGUUAUAAUAAUGGUUUACGACAUCCUUACAGGGCCAGUUUAUUUUUGUACCUCAUUCAUAUAUAAGCUCAUUUCAGGCGAUGGUUGAUCAACAACUAACCAGUAUUAAAAUUGAAAGACUUUGUCCAAAUAAAAAUAAAUGUAUAUAAGAGUUAAAUGGCGCAUAAUGGACAGUAGAUGGUAAUAAAUGUGAUGUUUCUUAUAAAAUUGUAAUGUAUUUAGUCGCGUCAUUUAGAACAAGACAACAAGCUCACAUAUACGACAUGCAAAGCAGAAGAAAGUUUUAAAAUUAUGAAUUAUAUAUUUGGAGAAAAUGAUAAUCUUUCCCCAUAAUUUGUUAUGGAUACAAUGUAUUGCUGUUGAAUAUGAAUGGAAUUAUGUAAUAACUGCAUUAAUGUUGAAGUUGAUAUUAUUCUAUGGUUGGGUAUGAAUUCUAUGUUGGAGGUGUUGCAGCGGUUGUGAGAUGAUUUAUAAUGAUGUUCACUAAAUAUCUGACUAAAUGUAAGUUAUAUUUUUUUGUAUAGACAUAGCUUUAAGAUGAAGGUGAUUAAACUUUAUCAUUAUCACAAAA